GUCCAGCCAGCCCGCGCUCCUGGCUCGCCGCGGGGCGUGGGCACCCAGGCACUGGGCCACCUGCCGCGAGCGCAGGGAAACCGCAGCCCGGAGGCGGCGACGGCCCGGCCUGUCCUGGGGGACCCCGCGGGAGGCCCGCCCGGAUGAUGCGCCCCCACUUGGCCAAGAAUGAUGGCUGCCAUUUAUGUGGCCUUCGCUUCCAGCCGGGAUCUUGACAGUCGGAAUCUGCUCACAACAAACCUUGCAAGGUUUUAGCCACCCUCUGUAUACAUGGAGAAAUUGAGUCUGUUUAGGGAGGUUCGGUGACUUGUUCAAAGCCGCGAAGCUAGUCGGGACUUGAACCUAUUGCAGCCUGAGCUCAAGUUUCUGAUCCGUACUCCUGUGCUUGGAUUGGAAAUACUGGAUGCCCAACCUGCCCCUGGCCUGAUUGUGUCAGGUUCCCCACCGCUUGGGAAAUGUCCGAGACUCCUGAUCACAGCAAGCUGCCAUGCUGCAAGUUGCCCUAUGUAAAGAUUCCCUGAUAAAAAACUGGUCUCUCUGAACAACAGCCAGCAAGGACCCACCCAUAGCCACAGUGGACUUUGAAGUGGAUCCCCCUCCAUCCGAGCCUGAAGAUGAGUGCAGCCCUCACCAGCACCCUGUUUGCAGCCUCCCAAGAGACUCAGCAUGAGUGUGUGGCUUUGCCAUCCCUGGAUUCCUGAUCCAUGGAAAAUAUGAGAUAAUAA